AUGGCUGACAAGAUUCUCGCCAGCAUUGACCGAGUGAUGGACUCACUCAAUGAAAUAGACGAAGAGAUAGUCUUUGCGAAGCUCAAGACCGCAGACGCUGAUUACAAGGCAGAAUGGGGGGAUGAGUAUCCUGAGUGUCUAAAAGACACUCGAGUUGGUCUCCUUCGGGAUAUCAGGGAUUGGGCCACCGGCCCAGAUCGAAAUGCUGUGUUCUGGCUGCAGGGCAUGGCAGGAACGGGCAAGUCGACUGUGUCGCGGACAAUAGCUCGGUGGCUGGAUGAUGAGGGCUUGUUAGCUGGCAGCUUCUUCUUCAAGAAGGGCGGAACAGACCGGGAAGACGCCGCACGACUGUUUACCACUCUGACCAAACAGAUUUUGGGAAGGUUACCGUGUCUCCAGGGACCAGUUAAGAGUGCAAUCAAGGAAGCUCGUGAUAUCGGAACCAACCCAAAGGAACAAUUCGACAAAUUGAUUUUUAAGCCACUCAAGAAUCUUAAUCUUGGGUUGAAAAGUCCGCUGAUUCUGAUCAUUGUUAUCGAUGCCUUGGAUGAAUGUCAAGUGCGAGCUCAUGUCGAGUCAUUCUUCUCGGCUUUGCCGCAAUUGACCCAAUUAAAGGAAGUUCAGCUACGGUUUUUCAUUACCAGUAGGCCAGAGCCGCCCGUCACCAAAGGCUUUCGACGAACGAUCAAUGAUGAGAUCAUCCUCCAUCAUAUUAAAAGAUCAACUAUCGAGUCUGACAUUUCUGUGUUUCUCGAGACAAGACUCCAAAAAAUAAGACAUGACCACGGACUAGAGGAAAGUUGGCCUGGGGACGACACUCUAAAAACCCUAGUAAACAUGGCUGUUCCUCUAUUCAUUUACGCUGCGACAAUAUAUCGAUUUGUUAACUGCGAAGGGGAGUCUCCGAAAAAGCGACUGCAGGCGAUUCUUUCUUCACGAUCCAGCGAAGGGAUGGAGCAAAUCGAUGGCGAAUACUCAAAGUUGACCAAUCUCUAUCUCCCGGUAUUAAAAACAGCCGAAGGAACUCGAAAAUUGGAUGAACGACUUUCGUCGAUUCGUGGGCGCUAUUGUUCUUCUAUUCAGUCCACUCUCAUCUGUCUCCCUUGCCAAACUCACUUGUUCAGAUGA